UCGAGCGAACUGCUCGAUUGGUCAGUGGAAGUCACUCCAGUCCAGUGCAAAACAAAUAGUUGUAAUAGCAGACGAUGGCUGGAUGGUUUAAAAAAAGGACUGAAGGCCGAUGACCUUCAAUAUUGGUCUCAUGACGUUAGUUGGAGUUGGCAUUAGAUUUCUAAUGCCAUUUCUGGCUUCUUUUUUUAGUCCAAACUUUCCCAUGGCUUCACGAGUAAAAACUAACGUCGUAAAGUCGUUUCUUUUGCGCAUAGCUUAAUAGGUCCUGCUGUACAUUUCAUUCCAGUCGCAGUCGGGUUUACUGUGCUGUACUGUUGUUCAUCUCGUUUUUUGCCGCCCUUCGCCUCUAUCGAAACCGACGGUCGCUUUUGCCUUUAUCAAACCUUGUGUGGUUAGGGAGAUAAUCGGCCGUCCGUGAUUUCGUCAGUUGAGUGGUUAUAGAAUGAGAGUAGGACUGAUUUGGAUUUUAGUUACUCACACAACUGUUUAUCUCAUCACCUAGAGCUAAUCAGCUAAAGUGCUUUGAACACCCCAGUUAUUGCAGAAGAAAUGGAUGUUCCUAAGCAGAGAAACAAAGCUGUGACAAAAGUGUGCUUUGAAAGUUCGGAAAGCUUUGACAGUUCUUCUGUCUCAGACGAUGAGCUUGAUUCCACCUUCAACAAAUAUUCCUGCACACCUCCUAGCCGGCAGAACAUUAAAGGAAUGCAAAAAAGAAGGGAGCUGAGGAUACUGAACUCACCGAAACUGUCAUUGGAAAAAUUAGAAAAUGAUAAAAAGGACAAAACAACAACACAUAAGUGGCAACAAAGAGAAACAAGCAGACAACGAGGUUCUGAAAGAAAAAUGAAGUGGAUUACAUCUUCCAGUAAUGGAGGGACCUUAAAUACAGGAGAAACAAUGUCAGUGGAUGGCUAUGCAAGUGAGGACGAAGCAAAUUCUGAUGUCAAUGCUCCAAGCAACCAGGGAAUUAAGGUUGAAAGCCGAAAUCGUUUCAUGAGCCUGUGUUCCCGCUUGAUCAAAUUGCCGCGCAAAGUGAAAAGAACCGAUUCUCUUCUACAGAGCAGGCAGAUCAUUUCUUGCCAAAAUCGAGCAGAAUUUCAAAAUUAUUUUACGGAUCUUAUGAAAUCGUCAGGGAAUAUCGAAAAAACCAAUAAUCACGAAACCCAAGAAAGGAGUGAAGAAGAACUUUUGUGGCAGAGUGAAUUAAAAGAUCUUUUGUGGUUGGAACUACAAGCUUGGAUAUCUGACAGAACCCCACAAGAACAAGACAGCUAUCUUUAUGUCCAGCGCAAGAAAAUUCCAGACAUUUUGAACAGGAUAAUGGAGUACCGGUUCGAGCCUUUUUACGCUCCUUCGUCAGAGUGUUCGCAGUUUAGCGGAGCCUCAUCGCUUCACGAAGCAUUGGGAUGCCCCGGGUGUUUGGACGCGUUCUGUGAGAUGUGCUCUCUCAACCAAAGCAAAGCCUUAUACGAAAUUUCGACGCUAUUAAAAGAGCUGGAAAACGUGGAAGAGCUCUACCCUUCUGGUCGCGCGCUCGGCAUUGAUUAUCCUCUAUACAGUAGCAACGAGUUUAAUGAUCGGAUCAAAGCAAUCGUCUGCUGGUACAACGUGACUUGUUUGCUACAACUGAAAAUCGAUAUUAUCGGUCACAUGCUUGUAUCACUUGGCUCCAAAGGGCUUCCUUGGCCCACAUGGCCGCCUUGGCCAAUCAACGAUGAACGCGAUGGUGAAGAAAUCAAUACCGACAGGGAAAAAGCUAAUCCAGAGUUAAAUAGUUAUACAUCUACCUGUUCCGAUAUGCCAAGCCCGCCGAUACUUUUAAAUAAAACUAAAGUGCUCAGGAGAGAGAAAUCGCGCGUUCAAUUCUUUAUUGAAAAUGAUCCUCCAACCGCCAAUCGUCCUAAUGACCGACAACGAUUGGAGGACAGCCCAACGGAAUCUUGGAAGAGCGAAUAUUCUGGAACUGAUUUGCCUGAAGCGGAUGCUGAGUUAAAACAUCUAUUCGUUAAGGAACCCCAUCUUCAAAGGGAUGAGGAAAUUGAUAAUCCUUCCAAACCAGAAACUUUGCGCCUGGAUAGUUAUAGCGCAGCAUCUGAAUCGGAUUUAGAAUGCUGUAGAUCUGGAGGCUUAGAAACCCCAGACGGUCGUUUGCUAUACCGACAUUACAUUGAAAGAGCUCUGAAGAAUAAAGGAUUGCGAAAAAUGCUCCGCUGGAUUGUUAUCAUCCAUCGAGUCGGUAUGGUGAGAGCGAAAGAAUCACUAUUGAAACCAGAUCAGUACAAGGGAAGCAGUUGUUCGUCCUCGCCUUACUUGUAUGAAGAUUCAGGACAACUGGGUGGUGAUUGCCGUCCGACUACACCGGAACUUACAGAACUCCGUCGUUACGGAGCUUGGUCUGUAGAGAUCCAGUCGUUGAAAUUGCCCCAGUACCGAACGCUGUACCUCUUCCUUUGUCGAAUGCCAAUGGAUGUAAUUAGGGAAUCUUUAUGCAUUCGCUUGGAGCAGAAACCAGCUGAGCCGUCGGCCCUCAGUAUUCGUCAAUUGAUGCAAGAGUUUAAGGAAGGAUUGAAAGUCGGAGUAAUUUGCAAGCAAAAGUAUCGCAGAGACGUGCAUUCCGUUGUGCCCACUGAUUACGACGUGACGCUACACAGUGCCCUAGAAAAGGAGUUUAAUGAAAUACUCAAAUUGACGUUAAGUGCUUAUCUAGAUUAUUUAAAGCGAUGGGUGUGCAUGGGAUCGCCAACAAGUUCAAUACAGAAAAAUAUUUUGGAGUCGGAAUGGAAUUUCACACGAUCAGUGUGUUCGGAAAUCCCCGGUGGCGAGAUGCUGGCCGGAAACGCAUUCUGUGCAAUAGCUUCAUCCAUGUUAAGUUCAACUGGUAGAUACCUUCGUGAGGGAAUCAACCGAAGGAUGGAAUUUCAAUCAGACACCAGUGGGUCUGAUAAUGAAGAGCGAUCAGAAAAGGAUAUGGCACUUACUAUACUUCGACGCAUUCAGCGAGUCUUAUCAGAAGCUCGUGAUCAGUGCCUAAAAGCAGUUUCUGUUACCAAAAUGAUUCGAAGAGACUUGGAAGUAGCCGCCGAAUUCGAUAUCAGUGUGCCACUCCCGGAACUCCUCCACCGACUCGCUAUUACCGGCCACAUACUUGUCGUUUUACCGCAUAAUGACAAUUAUGUGGUUUUCGUUCCAAAAAGUCUCCGAAGUCAUAGAGAGUACUUGCAUUGUCUCCUGGAUCUCUCCUCUCGUUCAGAACCACCUCCACCGUCCAACGACAGUAAAGAAGAAUCACUUCCCAAUUAUUCCCAAAGCAGCGAAGAUGAUGCAGAGAACGAGGGCUACAUGAUACUACUUCAAACGCAAACUGCCGAUGGAGAAACUAUCGAAACUUUAUGGAAGGGUGAAACAGUUCGCAUUCGUACGCUGCGAGACGAUGCAAUCCUCCGUUCUCAUGUUCAGCGCGAAGUUUUGCUCUUAAUUGUUUUCAACGCCAUUCAUCUAUCAGCCAGGCGUCGUGAAGUACAAGAGUCUCUUGGUCCAGGUCUUGAAUUACGCUACGAAAAUAGGCCGUCCAACUAUGUGGUUGCUGAAUCUCUCCUUCAGCUCAAGAAUGAGGUGAUCUGCUUAAGCCAAACCAUCAUUGAAUCUAUCGAAGAAGUGGUGAAUAAGUGCAGUGUCCAACAUCUAAACGUACAUCUUCUAGACCCGCUGGAGCAGGCUCCACUGAUAAGUCGUUGGAAAGAAGUGGUCCGCCAUUGCUUCAAACUGGGCUUCGAAUUUAACAAAGACGUACUACGUCUUGUUUCUGGCAAGCCUAACGUUGAGCUAGCCCUCAACGUAGUCAAACUAGCCAAUCUGUGGAUGAACUUUACCGUGAAGUACAGCGAACGCGGUCGUGGUCUCAGACCCAAAUGGGCUACUCAGGGGUUAGAAUUUCUCGUUACGGCCUGCGAGUCUGACAUAACUUGUCAUCUCCCCGACGAAGAAUUUUGCAGAAUGAAAGAGUCGAUUAGUCAAUGUGUUCAUCACAUCAUCGGAUCACUAGAUCAAAGUUCUAAAUUGCAAACUUCUUCUCCAGUCGUCCGCCGAUUUUCAAAAAAUUCUAUGCCCGUCUUCCCGAGCAGUUUAUCAGCAGAAACUCUUUCUCCUUUGAAAAGCCCGAUGAGUUCAAGAAAGAUGUCUCUACAGUGUUCCAAUGACGAACGACUUUCGAAUUCGCUGCCUACUCUACCUCGACGGGAUUCUGCCGGAGAUGUUUUGCCGUGGAAGGACCGUGUCUGCCGCUCUGUGCUUUUAAUUGAAUCACAGCGCGAUGCUUCAUUGGAGGAGGCUACAUUGAUUGGUCGCGUAGCCCGUCAAACCAAAGAAGCGAAAUGGCACAUCCGGCUCAAAAGCGUCCAGUUUUCUUGGCAGCGUGGAGUCAAAAUAGGACAAGGACGUUUUGGCAAAGUUUACGUAGCUGUCAACAAUAAAACUGGCGAAUUGAUGGCCAUGAAAGAGAUUGCAUUACAGCCCAACGAUCAUCGGACCAUUCGCAGUGUAGCGGAUGAAUUGCACAUCUUUGAAGGCAUCCAUCACCCGCAUCUCGUGCGUUACUACGGUUUGGAGAUCCAUCGAGAAGAAAUGAUCAUAUUUAUGGAAUUCUGUCCGGAAGGAACACUGGAGCAUUUAGUUGCUUCAACUGAGACAGGUCUACCCGAAGAACUCAUUCGACGUUUCACUCGACAACUUCUCGAAGCCGUCACUGUCUUACACGAAAAUGGAAUCGUGCAUAGAGACAUUAAGGGUGCCAACAUUUUUCUUACCGACGUUGGCAAUUGUUUAAAAUUAGGUGAUUUUGGUUGUGCCGCUAAAAUCAAAUCGCAAACGACCAUGUUUGGAGAACUGCAAGGUUUUGUUGGCACUCAAGCAUUCAUGGCUCCGGAGGUUUUUAUGCAUACGAUGACUGAGGGCCACGGACGCGCGGCCGACAUCUGGAGUGUGGGUUGUGUAGUGAUAGAAAUGGCAACAGGAAAAAGGCCUUGGUAUGAACUCGAAUCAAAUUACGCUAUUAUGUUCAAAGUUGGGAUGGGAGAAGUACCUCCUACGCCACUUACGCUCAGUGAAGAGGGCCAAGCGUUUCUAUCUCAUCUUCUUCAACAUGAUCCGAAACAAAGAGAAAGCGCAGCUAAUCUGCUUGAACACAAUUUUCUAAAAGUCUAUCAGGAAGACGACCCUUUAUACUCUGCAGUGAUUCGUCAUCCGGUUUCUAGUUUAUCGAAACAUUAGCCGUGCAACUGUUUAAAAAAGUUGUGAUUUUGUAAACUACUUAGUUCCUUGUAUUGUCUAUUAUACAUACAUUCCUCCUAUUAUUAUACUUCUCGUAUAUAAAAUAAUAUUCGUUUGAUUGAACGAUUUCCCCCGUUAAAAUAGUAGCAUUACGUAUUUGAUAGGAUAAUAAUAUAGGUAAUAUUACAUAAUGAAUUUUAAAAAUA